GAUAAAGGUUCGUAUCACGAGGUCCAUCUGCGAUCAAGGUCUGGCUCGGUGGUUCGGAUCCACCGCUUCAGCCGGCCUUCACGUAGAGCAUGACCAUGGAGCGCUGGCUGGGCGUUUGCCGCUUCCUGACGAGCAAGGAGAUGGCGUGCCUGAGCCACACGAGCCGCGACGUCCGCGGCGUCGUCGAAGCGGUCGCCGUGAUCUUUGCCAAGGAGUCGCCGGCGCUCGCCUUCCUCUUCGCGGACUCGAGCGUCGCCUUUGCGCGCCUCCCGCGCAUCUCGAUCUUCCAAUGGCUUCGCUGCGUGGAGCUCCAGCUCAUCAAGUCGCUGCUGCUCCACGCGUCCAGUGUCGCCGAGACAGCCAGCGACGACGUCGACUUGUCAGCGGUUGCGUGGACAUCGUCGGCGCACGUGACCGUGCUCGUGUCCAAGGCGUUUGUGCUCACGAGCAAGAAGCAGUGUGACCGCGCCGAGAAGCUUCUUCGUCAAGGCCCCAAGGCUGUCUCGAGACUGCGCGAGCUCGCGUCGAUCCCGCCGUUGUCCAAGAAGCACGCCAAGGCGGCGAAGCAGGUGCGCAGCGACCUCGCGGCGAUGCAGCUCCUCGAAGACCGCGAGAUCGCCCACGUCAGCGACAGCAUCACGUGCAGCCACGAUGGCCUUCUCCCGCUCUCGCUCUCGAAAGGCCAAGGCAAGCGGCUUUCCCUGCCGCUCAUGGUCUGGCGCAAGCUGCUGCGGUACGUGCACCCGGACGCCGACCGCGUCUUUGGCGCGGGCCGCCCCGCGAUCGAGUGCGAUACAUGCUUGACAACGGCCAAACUCGAGCAGAUGCAAGUCGAAGAGAAGAAGUCGCAGCGUCUGUUGCAACACACGGAGAGCGGGGGUCGCGACUCGCUCUUCGAGCUACUCAUGCGCAAGACGGGGUACCCGCCAAGCCUUUUGAGCCCCGAGCGCGGUCGCUUUUACAUUGUGCCGCAAUCGUGGCUCAAGCGCUGGCGACAAUAUGUCAAGAGCGUCGUGGACGAGCUGCCGGGACCGAUUUUGAACGGCGCGCUCCUCUGCAGCCGCCACCGCAAACCCGUCGUUCCCAACGCGAUCGCGCUCUUCCUCAUGGGCGCGUCGACGUCGGUGUUGUCGACGAUCCCUGGCAUCACCUACGCACUGUACGAGAUUGUCACCGACACGGAGUGGGACCAGCUCCAAGACAGCUUUUGCGCCGAGGUGGCUGUUGGCUUUGACGUGGUGUGCGGGACCAUUGUAUGGCGGACGCUGCCGUGCCAAGUGUGCGAAGAGCCCACCGAGAGUCGCCCAAAGAAAGCCAACCGCAACAGCAACAACAACCGACGCACGGCGCACACGACGCCGGCGAUCCGGCUCUAGGCGCCCUGCGUUGCGGCCAUGGGCGGUACCUACAGCUACUCGUACAUACACACCCGUGGUUCCCCGAUAUAACGCGAUGUACACGCGAAAAACGA